UAAAUACACCCUGACCUGAGCGCUGCAUCAUCGGCAUCCUCAGGAAAGGGGAGUGCACCCAAAAGUUGAUGAACAAUAGCCAAAGGGAAACAGUAGCGCUAGGCUAGAGACUAGAGGCACCGCCCUCCAUUCUCCAGAAGCUCCCAGCACCUAGAGCGGCCGCAGCGACAAAGGCAAUGGAUCAGCACAAGGAAAAGGAGGCGGAGAACAAGUCCCAAGAUUCGACGGCGGAGCAGCUUAAAGAGGCGGCCUCUGAAGAAUCGAUGGAUCAGCGCGCGGGGUAUAAAGCGGAGGAGGAAUCGGCGCCGGCGGGUCUGCUCAUCAAGGAGGUGGCCUCUGGAGAAGAGUCCUGGCCGGCGCUCCUCGCGCACCCUUGCUCGCUGCUGCAGCUCCUGCUCCGCGCCUGCGCCGGCUGCCUGGGCCUGCACGGCUACUGCAGCAGCGACGACCCGAAGGCGGCCGCUGCCGCUGCACCGGACGCGACGGCGGCGGAUUCGUCGCAGGAAGGGGAGGGCGGCGACAGGGCUAACUAUUUGUACAUGCAGGCGGAGGUGCUCGCCCGGGUGCGGGCGGUGAGGAGGCCGCCGCCGCCGGGGCAGCGUCCGAGGGAGGGCAGCGGCGGCAAUGGAGGAGCACAUCACUAGGACAUCUUCUUGGGCACCCAGGAGGCCAGGAACAAGGUGAUGAAACGCUGAUGCCUCGGCCUCCGCGCGCCGCAGCUUAUGUAUUUUGGUCGUCGAAUCGAAUCUAUGGCCGUCUGCUUCCAUGUACGUAGCAUCUAACUUUGUAUAAAAGUACUAGUAGGUGUGGGCGUGUGGCUAAGAAGUUCGAGUUUGCGUUGGCUUCAUCUCUGGUCUGAACUUGGAAUAAGACUCUGAAAGUGUGUAGUUAUCUGAGUGUUUAAGCCGCAAUACCUGAUAGUUGCAUUUGCUAAUCGACGUGUGUGUGAGAUAAA